AUGCCAGCCGAUGCCCCUCUUGCCGUACUCUCGCCGCCGGCUGCCCACCACCGCGUCUAUGAGCGUUACUCUGACGAUGACGAAGAGGAUGCAGGUGCGCCGUGGAUGCCGACGCUACCGCCGCCGCCGCCGCCGCCGGCAGAAGCUGCGGCGCGGUACGAGCGCCCGUACGAGGGAGCGGGCAUGAGAUAUGGGGCUGGGGAGGACGAGGAUGAUUCGGAGGAGGAGGCUCCGUACGUGCCACCGAUGAGCGCGCCGACGCCCUCACGUGCGUUGACGCGCUCGGACGUGCAGCCGGUCCAGUACAGGUCAGAGUACGGCAGCUCAGACGGCUCCUCCCAGGACGAACGCAACUUUCACCUCCGCUCCCUCGACGCAGAACGUGACCACGACCACCAGCGCGAGCGGCUCAGAGGCCUGCGCUCCAGCCAGGAAUACGACGAUGACCGGCCCCGUCGCAGACCUGGCAGCGGCUCUUCUUUCAACUCCUCGGGUGGUGCGCCAGCCCGCACGCCCUCCCCUGCUCGUCUCCCCGUGCGCGCCCAGCUGAACGGGAACACCGGCUCUCCCCUGCGCCCGCACUCUGGAUCGCAGCACUACCCCGCGUACGACGACUCGAACCGCCGCAUCGGCAUUGACCGGCGUGUGUACGAGCAUGGCUCUGACCCGGCCGCCCGCGGUUUGAACCACUACCCGCAACACACACAGCUCUACCGGUCCCCGUCCCCAGCGGAGUUCUCUUCUUACGCUUCCACGCAGGGCGCCCAGGCGCCGAUGCAUGGUCAGACUCUCACUAGUUCCCGGCAGGCGCCCGCGUCGCGCAGACAUAGCGCCGGCGACGGCCGCUUAGAUCCCCGUGGGUACGGCUAUGUUGCGCAGCCUGGGUCCAACGGCAGCGCACUAGGUUCAUCUCUGGUCGCCCAGUCUCCCUCUAUCGUCCUGCGGCCGAUCUCGCCCAGCGAUAGCUACACCGGACAUUCCCCGUCUUCGACGCCUGGUCCACCGGGAGAUCCCGAUGGGGAAGCGGCAGCGGCGCACCUUAGAGCGCUCCUUCAACUGGAACCGGGCGCCCCGAUUAAUCUUUAUUCGCUCGAAGAUCCUCUCCCCGGCCACAAGCCGAACUUCCCGCUCCCUACGCUCAUUAAACUUGCUAUCUUCGGCAGCCCGUUCAGAAGAUUGACGCUGCAGGAGAUCUACACGGAGCUCGAGAAUCGGUUCGAGUGGUUCAGAUUGAACACACAUGAUACGGCGUGGAAGAACUCCAUUCGGCACAACCUCUCCUUGCGCAAGUGCUUCGUCAAGACUUCACGCACGAUGACAGAGCCCGGAAAGGGUAGCUACUGGUCGCUCGACGUCACGCAGGGCGAGGGCAACAAGCGCGAGCGUAAGCGCAAUAAGAAGCCCACCAAGGCUCAGGUGGCCGCCCAACAGGGUCAACCGCGUACGACGCAGCACUUCAUGGCUGCCAACUUCGCGCCUCUGCAACAUCCACUGCAGUCUCAGCAGUACCCGCAAGGCGCGACGGUCUUCCUACCUCAAUCGCUGCAGACGAAUCCGCAGCAGGCGGCCGCCGCGCACCCUUAUCAAUAUCCCCCACCCCUCCACCCGUACACCACCGCGCCGAAUGGCUCAUACGCCAUCGAUCCGGCGCUCACUGGUCUGAUGCCCGACGCGGCCAACGAUCCUCUGGCUGGUUACAACAUGCAGGGCACGCUUAUUCACCCUCCCGGGCUGAAUGGGAGUGGGCAAUCGUCGCCUCUGUCCGCGCAGUCCAACGGCAACGGGACGCUCGAGUUGCGCCCUCUCUCCGGGCCUCCACCCCCGCACAUGGUGAACGAGGCCUUCCGUCUGCCACCGCUUUCCCACGAGCCACAACCCGCGAGGCGCCCAUCGCCGACCCUCAAUCCCUUCCCGCGGCGCAGUUCUUCGAGCUCGUCUUCUGCUAGCGAACGCGGCGCCUCGCCCAACCGUCUCGCUCCCAUCGGACCCACGUCAGGCGGCACGCGCCCGACCCUUCCUUCGCUUAGCCAGUUCACUUCCCAGCACGGCGAACAUCCCUUGGCCACGGCGCUCGGUGUAAGUAGCCGCUCGGUUUCGUCGCUGACGCUGCCUCCACCGACUUCGUUCUUGGAGAAGGACGGAGGCAAUAGGAACGGGACUGCCAUCUUCGGCGCCCCGAAGCUCCCAGCUCGGAAGAGCUCGGGAUGGCUUACUCGGCUCGAAAAUGGCGAGGACGACGACGACGAGUACGAGUACGAAGAUGACGAAGAGGCCGCUGCAUGA